AUGUGGCAAUAUGAAUUAACGUUGGAUGAUGCGAAUAGCGCUAGUGUAAAUAAAUUUGGUAAAUUAGGAAGUGGCACAGUCGAAAAUAGGCAUUAUAGGAGAUGGGAAAUUUGCCUUGAGAUUGAAGACUCGUUUAUUCUUGAUGAAAAUAAUUUUGCGAAUGCUCUUGCAAGUGCUCAUCUUUUAUUGAGGGAAGAAAAUGAAGAUCAUAACAAUGAUAAUAAUUAUGAAAAUGAUGAAGAUAUCAACGAAAAUAAUAAUAAAUAUAAUAACGAAAAUAAUAAUGACAAUAAUGAUGACAAUGAAGAUAUAUACAUAAGAAAAGCAGAUACCUAUACUCGAAUAGCGGAGUCAGAUGAUCAAAAGUUGCAAGAGAAACUUCUUUCAUUAGUAACUCCAGCAUUAACCAUUUUCAAUAAUGAAAUAACGAGUAAAAACUCAACAUCAACUAAAAAAGAGUCAGAAAAAUUGCCAAGCAAGUUACUUGUUCUAACAGCAUUGAAAAUAGGAAAAGUUAGAUUAAAUCUAUUAAUGAAAGAAAAGUUUCAAAUAAAAAAUCUUGAAGAUAUUUCAAUAGUAGGAGAAAAUUUAGGGAAAAACGUUUUGUCUUCGUAUUCUAAAAUUCAAGAAAAUAUCAACCAGUUAGAGAACUCGAGUUCUUAUGAAGACUACUUCAAUGCAUUACCUGAAACAAUUUCUCAAAGUGAAAAAAAUCGUUUAUCAACGCUUAUUGCUGAAUAUACUGAUGAUGUUGUGGCAAGUCAAAGCGUUUGUGCAAUCGAAUCGCGCAAAGAUUCACUUUGGUCCCUGGCUUCAAAAUUAUGGGAUGCCUUUAACCAUCCUGAUCCCAAAACACACCCUUUAUUUAAAGGUGUACCAGAACUUAACGAAGAAGGUAUUGUGAAUAUUCUUUCCUUCUAUGAGAUUGGCAAAUCACGCUUACAAAAAAUACUUGAUCAGGAUGUGUACAAAACUGAGCCACGGUCAACUAGUAAAUGUCAUAUGUGUAAUGUAAAUUCUUAUACCUAUACACAACUUAAGGAUAAAGAGGAUAAAGAGAAAAAAACAAAUAAACGAGUAGACAACCUCCCACAAGAAUCAAUUAUUCAAGAAAGUAUUUCAUCAACAUCGCAACAGAUGCAAUUACCUUUUGAAACCGAUCGUACGAAAAACACACGCUGCAAGACAACGGAAGCAGAGAAAGCGAUACACGACCAAUUAUUUGAAUCUGAAGAGCUGUCUGAAACAACAGUUUCAAAUGUGUUGUUGCAACUUAAUACUGUCUCUUCUGACUAG